CAUCCAUGCACGCGAUGGUCUUUGGUCCUGACGUUGCGGUUACGCAUUGGAACAUGGCGGUUUGGUAGAGAGGUGGCUGCUGCGGAGCUGAGCGCCUCACAUUGCGGAUGGACAGCAUUGUGACUAGAUUUGGACAAGUAUGAAGGCUAUGAAGUUGGUUUGUUGGAACUUCUGCCAUUAUGGACAUGUCACAAAACCUGCCUGCAAAGUUAAUUUUCGUAACUAUGAUGUGAUUUGGGAUCACAUUUUUCAGAGAAAUUUGUCUUCAUGAAGAUUCCUGACAUUGGUGAUGUGAUGAAUAAAUUUGAAGUCCUUAGUAUUGUAGGUGAAGGAGCCUAUGGGGUGGUACUAAAAUGCAGGCACAAGGAAACCAAUGAAAUUGUGGCUAUCAAGAAGUUCAAGGAUAGUGAAGAAAAUGAAGAAGUUAAGGAAACGACAUUGAGGGAGCUGAAAAUGCUUCGUACUCUAAAGCAAGAAAAUAUUGUUGAACUUAAGGAAGCUUUUCGAAGAAGAGGAAAACUAUAUUUAGUCUUUGAAUAUGUAGAAAAGAAUAUGCUUGAAUUACUUGAAGAAAUGCCAAAUGGUGUUCAACCUGAAAAGAUGCGAAACUAUAUCUAUCAGCUAAUCAAAGCAAUUCACUGGUGCCACAGGAAUGAUAUUGUUCAUCGAGAUAUCAAACCAGAAAACCUUCUAAUCAGCCACAAUGACAUGUUGAAGCUGUGUGAUUUUGGAUUUGCUCGAAACUUGUCAGAGGGCAGCAAUGCAAAUUACACAGAAUAUGUGGCCACUAGGUGGUAUCGUUCACCUGAGCUACUGCUUGGAGCUCCAUAUGGAAAGGCUGUUGACAUGUGGUCUGUGGGCUGCAUUCUUGGGGAGCUAAGUGAUGGACAACCACUUUUUCCAGGAGAGAGUGAAAUAGAUCAACUUUACACAAUUCAGAGAGUAUUAGGACCUCUGCCAUCUGAGCAGAUGAAGCUGUUUUACAGUAAUCCUCGUUUUCACGGACUACGGUUUCCUGCUGUUAACCACCCACAAACUCUGGAAAGAAGAUACCUGGGUGUUAUUAGUGGAGUUAUGCUAGACCUCAUGAAGAAUUUGCUGAAACUGAAUCCAUCUGAAAGAUACCUAACAGAACAGUGCUUGAACCACACUGCUUUCCAGACCCAGAGACUUUUGGAUAGGUCUAGUGGCACUUCUCCUACACGCGUAACUAAAAGGAAACCUCAUCAUGCAGAAAAUAGAAAUCAUGGCAGCAAAUGUACACCAAUGUCUGUUCGAUCAGAUAGCCGAGAUCAGCAAAAUCUAAGUGUCAAUAUUAAACGAGGAGAUGACAUCAAUCAGCCGGAUGGCCUUUCCUGUGAAAGUUCUGCCCCGCGCAGCCCUGCCCUCAUUCCUUCACAUGACUAUCAACAUACAAAACAAAAUCUCUCUGGUAGCAAAGAUUUUACCAACACUAAUUUACCACUUCUUCCUAGUCCACGGCUAGCCUCCAAGGAAGCACAUGCAAAGACUAAAACUGAUUUCCAGGCAGAUCAGAAGAUUGCAGAAGGUCCAGGUGCAAAAUAUUUAAAACCUAGUACGAAAUCACAACAGAAUCGACACUCAUUUGUAGAAAUGCCACAAAAUAAAACUGGAACCUUGCCAACUGACAAACCUACCCGUCACAGUUACAUUGAACCAGUACAAGGUUCUAUGUCGCAACAGUCAAAGAACACACCUGUUUUAACACCAUCCAAAUCUUACAGGACAUUGAGCGAUUCAAGGUCAGUUGGAAACCUUAAUGAAAUGAAAGUGCAUGGGGAGGAUCAGGCAUCCAGGUAUUUUCCUUCAAGCUGUUUGGAGCUCACUGCAUCAAACAACAUGCUAUCAACUGGACCUAAUGAGAACAGGCCAGCACAGAAUCCUCCAGCUACGAGUAAAGGUCUGGAAACUCGCAAACCAUCCAUAAGACACUCUUCAAACGAUGAUGAACUAAAGGUUCCUGCUAGCCAUCUUGAAGGGGGCCAUUCGCAUUCAGCAUCUGCUCCACAUGAAUCCUUUCCUUUUGAUCUAAAUUACCCCAGUCCUUAUGCCAAAUCACGUGCACAAAGACAUUCUCUGUAUAUUCCAAGAAAACAUGUGUCUGAAAUUAGCUCUGGAAGUGUGGGGCAAGGACUGCCGACUCGGACAAAUAGUUUACAGAUGUUAUCUCCUCAAAUGCAACAUGCUCGGACAUCUCUCAAUAAAGGUUCUUUGGGCUCCUCUCGUGAGGACUUUCCUGAAACAACUGGGAUGGAGCAGUCCUUAACUGACGGAAAGCAUAGCAGACCGCCUAUCAAAGAUUCGACCAUGGAUAAUACAGUAUCAUAUCACAGCCAUCAACAUCAGAUUGAGCCUGGAGGAUAUCAUGACAUACAUUUGGAAGAUGGAAUUUCCACAAAAGAAAAUACAUGUGUAUUUUCGGACACAGUGCCCAGAGAUAGACGAGUACGAAGUUAUUAUGAAGAUUAUUCUUCAUUGGAGGGCACAUUCAGUGAGAGAGGACCAAUUAAUGUGCCAAUGACUAGUAACAUUCAAUCAAAGCAUUCAAAAAGACAUACUGCUAUGGACCUUUGGAAAAGUACAGAAAAUCUUAAUAUUAACCCCCCAGAGCAAACUAAGGAGAAGGGGAAGGGUUUCUUCAGGGCAAUAAAAAAGAAAAAGAAGAAAUCACAAACUACGGAAAACAACGAUGGAGCAAAUCCAAGUAUCAGAAAAUCCCUCUUUCCUCUUUUUAGUGCAAAGAGCCAUUUAAAAAAUAUCUGUUCCUCAAGACAACCUCCUGUAGUCAAUCUUCCCAUGAUGCCUAGCAGUGAUGGCCAUGAUCGGCAGGCAUUACAGAAAGCUCUACAGUCUUGUCAAAACAGAGGCAAGGAUUGGUCCAUGGACAAAAUGGUGGAUGAUCAGUCUCAGAAACACCCCUUGAAAUCUCUGCGAAAGUUCUUGCAGCUCCCAACUUCAUUAAGUCACUCUACUUCCUCAGACGUGCGAUUUCAAGCUUUGCCAAGUCAGCCAGCCAAAUCGACUCGCAGUGAGGGUCGCCACCGUGCAACAGGACAGACUCAUAACAGCACUAUAAGACAAGAUUCCCAGGCAAAAACUAGGCCAAAUUUCCAACUACCUGGCCAAAUGGAGCCAAUUUGGCAUGUGAUACCAAGUGGCAGGACUGGUAUUGAUGGAGCUAUUAACUCUGACCAGAUAAUCUCCAAGACAAGUCAGAAUGGUCAUUCUAUACAUAUAACUAGAACAGCACGUCCCAGAAUGCCAAAUCUCAAUGAUUUAAAAGAAACAGCACUGUAGUUCUUGUUCCAAAAAAAAGGUGCAUAGUAUUAUUUUAGAUGAAUAAUCUGUAAUAAAGUAAAAAUACUCCCAACCAAUGUACCAGUGAUGAGCAGAAUUAUUUUAAAUUGAAGUUUUUCAAGAAACUACUAAUCAGCUGUGUAAAAAUGAUGUGUAUAUAAUGAUUUCUAACAAUGCUCAUAAUUCAUAUGGUGUUGCAAUUAUUGGGUAUCAGUUAAACAAUUUGUAGUUAUAGCAAAUAUAUUUGUAUAUUAUUGGGGAGAAAUUAUUGGAGAAUAUCUUGGGAUCCAUGUUUUCACAAGAGCACAAUAUUACAAUGUACUAAUGUACAGUUUAUUCACAAGCUGCUGAUGUUUCCUGGCAUUUGGUACUUAUUCUUCCUCAUAACAAUCAUUACUUGCAUUAUAUUUCAGCAUAUGGAUAGUGGCAUUUCAGCAAAUAUACUAGUAAUUAUAUUUGGUGUGCGCAAUUAGCAGCUUGUCAAAGUUUGAUAAAAGGAUUUUAUUUUUGGUAUGUAAUUUAAAAUCUAUACAAAGUACUUUAUGAAAAUUAUAUAUAGAAUUAACUCAAAUUACAUUGUUCCAAAUUGCAGUUUCAUAAACUGAAAAUGCAAAACUAACACCAUUUCAACCAAUGAUGUGUUACAGAUGAUUGAGCCUAUUAUUUUGCAGAUCAUGCAACUGAGAUGAUAUUUUCAUUCAUUUAGAUUACAGUUAAAAAGCUUCAAUCCAUUUGGCUUGAACCAGGUGAAUAAAACUCUUCUGGAUGAAGGUUUUAAUUUUUACAUUUUGUGCUUAACAGUGAACUACAUAUAUAUUGUAUAUAAAAUUUUAAAAAUCAUGCAUAAGUUGCAAUGAUUAUCUAAAUUGCAAGAAUACAGCUGGAAUCAAUUUCACCACAUACCUAUCUCUAGAUUUGGGGUCAUGGAUGAAAAAAAAAUGUUACAGUGAAAAGAUUGCAACUUUUUAAAAGAAAUUUUGACUUCUGUUCUUUCCCCACAUAAGUUUGUAACGCUCAUUUAUCUUUACCACUUUGAAUUUUGUUGUCUAGUUGACGAUGGGAAGUGCGAAAACGUGCUUUGGCACUGCCCAUCGUCAAAUAAUUGAUUCUUGAUUAUGUAACAGUGCAGUAAUAUAUAUUUUGUUUCCUCAUGUGGAUGUAAUUACAUUAUCAUUGCAUAUUUUAGUUACUUGAGUGUCAUUGUGUUCUGUUGAUGACGGUCUUGGAUAAUUUUAUUCGGUCAUGUGCCAGUAACAAAAUUACACAACGUUUCCAGUAGUACAUUUCGCUUUGUUGAUUAUUACUGUGCUACCAAAAGGAUAACAUGUUAAGUGCUCAUCUUCCCUCUAUUCAGUAUGGGCUUCUUUCAUCUGAGGUUUUCUGUGGAGUUCAUGGGAAUAUAAUUUCUACAAACAGUUUCUUACUGCUUGGUAGUUUUUCAGUAUCAUGCUGAUUCUGAUCAUUAUGCUUUCUUACUGGUUGACCAAUAAGUAACUUUUAUGGUGGAGAUGUGAUGCUUCACCAGAGUAUAAAAAUGUCGAGUGAACUGUGGUGGAAAUGGAUGACAAGCCCAGCAGGCUUCAAUCCACACUCGAUAAAAGCUUGUGGCCGUACCUGGCAUGAAACGUUUAGUAUCAAAAUUGUACAUUUUCUAGUUUGUAAUUGUCCUUUAAAUUGAUCAUGCUAGAGAUUAUGUUCUCUUAUGUGGGAACAUCCAAGAUAUCCAUGUUAUUUUUCAUGUUAAACAUCUACAUUUUUUUUGGUUCAUGUUUUAUCCAGUGUUUGCUGUUUUUCAUUGUUGAACUCUUGUACAGUGAUUCUAUGGACAAAAAGUGUUUUGGUAAAAAGCGAUGGGUAAAUGGAUCAACCAAAAACAAAAUGCAUGCUGGAAAUUUGAAAUUAAAGCAAAAAAUGGUUGAUAUAAGCAAUAGAUCAGUUCUGAUAAUGGGUCAUGAAUGGCAAGUGUUAAUAUUCUUUUUCUUUUUAAGAUCCUGCUUGAUGAGCUAAAUAUUUUCAGUGUUUCCUGAAAAUAAAAUGUUGGUCUUGCACAAUAUUUCACAUUGGCAUCAGUUUUUCAAAAAGAGAAAUAGCACCAGUCAUCCAAAAAUAGCAGUUCAGGAGGAAAUUAUCAAAGUUCUCUUCUGUAAUUUUCACAAGAUCAUAUUCUGAUCUUAGGCAGAAUUUAACAAUUUACAUUUCACAUUUUUUCAGUUUAAAAUAUUCUGCUUGCCUUUAAAUGUAAAUAUAAACACAGUCCAAGGUAUAUGUAUAAAAAACUGCACAGGAACAAGCUUCUUGGCCCACAGUGUCUGCGAUGAUAAUGCUGCCAGUUUAAACGAAUCCCAUCUGUCUCCUAAUGGUACAGAUCUUUCUAUUCACUGUCUGCUCAUGUGUCUGUCUUCAUGCCUCAUAUAAGUUGCUAUCAUAUCUGUUUCCACCAUCUCCGCUGACAAUGCAUUCCAGGCACCUACCACUCUGUGUAGAUAAAAUAAAAUUGCCUGGAAAUCUCUUUUAAACUUUCCCCCUCUCACCUUAAACCUAAUUUCCAUAAUAUAUGACGUUUCCUUGUAGUCAAGUCUCCAAUCUAGGCAAGAUCCUGGUGAACCUCUUCUGCACCGUCUCCAAAGCCUCCAUGUCCUUACGAUAGUGUGAUGACCUGCACUGCAUAUAGUACUCCAAAUCUUUAUACAGCUGCAAUGUGACUUGUCAACUUGAAUACUCAAUUCUCUGAUUGAUCAAGGCAAGCACUUAUAGGGAGAUAUAAACAUGCACUCUAAGAUCCAUUUCUGUACAUCAAUGCUCCUUUGGGUCCUGCUAUUUCCAGUAUAGUUUUCCCCAUCAAUUCACUUCCCAAAGUGCAUCACCUCUUGUCCAUUAAACUUCUUCUACCAUUUCUCUGCCCAAAUUUCCAACUGAUCAACACCCUUUUGUAUUCUUUGAUAACCUUUCUUGCUAUCCACAACUCCAACAACUUCCCAUGUCAUCUGCAGACUUAUUUAUCAGAUCACACAUUUUCAUCCAAAUAAUUCAUGUUGUACAAACAACAGACGUCCUACACUUAUCCUUGCGGCACACCACUGGUCACAGAACACUAGCCAAAAAAAAAUCUACCACUGUCGUGUCUUCUGUGACCAAACCAAUUUUGUUCCAAAUUACCCAACUCACUGUAUACAUAGGUAGACUCAAAAUGCUGGAAUAACUCAGCGGGACAGGCAGCAUCUCUGGAGAGAAGGAAUGGGUGACGUUUCAGAUCGAGACCCUUCUACAGACUUCACUAUAUAUUCCCAUUUCUUCUUUUAUUUCCUGAAUUCACAAAAUGCUGGAAACAUGUCAAAUUUCCACUGGUCCACGAGGUCAGUUAACUUGCAAACAUUUUUUUUUAAGGGCACAUUGCCCUUAUGUAAAAUGUCUAUGCAGCUGAAAGAUCAAGCAUUUGCAUUAAUAGAAGUAGCACAAAAACAAAAGCUUUAAUACAGUUGAGAUACCUGUUGAACUAAAACCAAUGUUUACAACUUGGGAUCAUGCAUAUGCACACUUGAGAUCAUAGAUUUCAUUGUUUAGUCAUGAUGAAUAACAAGAUGAUCAAAAAGCAUAAUAUAAUUCCUGAACUCGUCCAUUGGUAAGAAGUGAUAAUUCAUCAAUAAGCCUAAAUAAUUACCAAACUUUAAACAAAUGAACAAAUAUGGAUUCCUGUCAAAAGUAAACAUUGUCAGAACCAAUUGCAUUACCAUCCUUUUUUCAAGAAAUUACUAAUAGUGAUAUGCCAUAUUAAUCACAGGCAAUUGCGAAUGAAACUUAAUUUUGAACUUAAUUUUGAUCCUUAUCUUGCAAUUGGAACUUAUCUCAGAAUAAAGAUUUUUUUUAAAUAUAUAUAUUUUCAGCUACUUUUAAGUAGUUCAGGUUUAAAAUAUUUAUAUUUGUGUUCCAAAGCUUCAGUACAGCAAAACACAAAAUUUGCAGCAUCACAAUUUGCCCAGAUAUUUUCUUCAAGAAACAUGUUUAACUAAUCGUUUCACACAUGUACUGUUCCUUGAAAAUAGUGCCUUGUUGGUUUACAGUUAAAUUUGCACAACAGUGCGUGAUUUCUUUCAACGGUAUCUUGCCUUAUUUUUAUUUGAAAGAUUUCCACAACUUCAGAAUCAAUACCUUUUCUAGGAAAGAUUGAUUUGUGAUUGUUUUGUGUUUGCCAUCAAAUAAUAUGUGGCUUAUCAAUAUUGCUACAUAUAUUUAUGUUCUUUUCUGCUCUGUAAUGAUUUUUACUUGAUUUCUACAUGAGUUGGAAAAAUAGUCCAGGUUUUCAUUGAGCUUAACUUUCACUAUUUCUUCUGUGCACAGACCGUUAAAAUUUAAGAAUAUAUUUUAUGUAUUAAAAGGUAGGAUUUACAGUACAGACAUUGUAAUUCAAACAUUGAGUGGCUUCUGCCAUUCCAUUGGUGAAAGGUUCCUGUUCCUUGUGAACAAGUGUUUGUACUAAUUCACAUUUUAAAAUAUGCUUAUUUUAAUGUUCUAGAAACUAUGAAUUCUUCAAUGUUGGUCUUUUCUAAAUAGAACUUAGAAAAAUCCAGCCCCUGGAUAGGUGUUGCUGUAUACAGUUUUUUACUGGUCCUUUUCAGUAUUAACGAGAUGAGUUACACAACCAAGAUCUCAAACAGUUAAAAUAUACAAUUGACAUUUCCUUUGAAAUAGAUCGCUUUUAUAUUCUGCAGAAUUUUAAGUUUAAAAAAAAUUAUUGUUGCUAUCACAUUACAAUUUUUUUUACAUCUGUUCACUUUUUCAUAUUAAAUGUUAUAUGGAAAGGUCAGUUUUCAGAGCUAAAACUUAAAAAAAAGUUUUUGCACAAAACAACCAAUAUGCAUAGAUUUUUAUGCUACAUUUUUAAAACAGCUUUUAUACAAUAGUAAUUGAUGCAGCAUUAACCCAGGGUCUAAAUAAUUCAGCAGAAUAUAAACCAGCAAGUAUAAUUAGUGUAUAUGUACAUUUCUGUCUCUGAAAGAAUGUGUUCCAUGCAUGCAGAUCCAAGUACUUCUUACCAGAUUUGUAUGGGUGUACACAAGUGUAUUAUCUCUUAGACGUUAAUAGUACACAUGUAUAGGGUUAGAAAUUGCUACCAGGAGUAUGAUAUUAAUAGGGAAAAUCAAAUAAUCAUAAAUUGCUAUUUAAUAUUUUUUUGUUUAGAUAAUAUCCAGAUGUACAAAGAAUAUGAAAACAAAAGUUGCAUUAAGGUGUAUAUGUAAUUCUCUAAAGUGUUUAAUGCCUAUAGUCACUACUUAAAUUAUAUUUUAGGCAGAUUUUUUUUAAAGAAAAACUGCAAAUGUUUUCAAGAAUUCAGUUAUCAGUGAACUCAAAAGUCCUGUAUUUGGAAUUCUGUAUGGCGAUGUGCAUAUAUGUCACAUAGUCGCAUUCUUGUUUGUUUAAGCCGUUGCAGUUAUUCCCUUUAAAUAAUUGGUGCAAGAUAUAAAGCAUUUGUAAAUUGUUUAUAUAACAUUUAUAUGUUUGUAUAUUGAACCUUUAUGGUGUGAUUCCCAUCUGUAUGUACAACUAUGUUGUAAAAUUUAAAUCAUAAUGUUGUCACUGAAUAUUGGCAUGAAAUUGGUUAAUUUUUACUAAGCACAAUGUAUUUUUGAAUGGAACUUGUAAAACACACCUUUAUAAAAAUGCAAAUUUUUGCACUAAAAUA